AUGACAGCUCAAGCUUCAAGAAUUAUGAUAUCCAAAGUCAAAUCUGCAUACGAAUCAACUAUUCAAAAAUAUCAAGAUUUCAAGAUAGUGGUUUCAAAUCAAUUACUUUCAAUUUCAUUACCAGAUUUUACUCAAUUGAAACAAAAUAUCAAAUCAAGAUUUAGUAGGGAAUCUAUUGGACCUUGGGGUGUUUUCAAACUACAAGAUUUUUGGGCAACUUCACAUCUCAUUACAAUAUUUGGUACAUUAAUUUAUCUUUAUGCCUUGAUUUCAAAUAGUCAAACAUUAUAUCAUACUUCUUAUAGAAUUUCAAUGAUUGGUACAAUUAUAACAUAUACAAUUGUUUUAUUCAGAUCCAAUAUCUCAGUUACUGAAGAGGAAGUUUCAAGUAAUGAUGAUAAUACGUCAAGAGUUGAAUUGAUUAUUGAACCAACAAGAGUUUCACUUUCUGAUUUAUUAAAAGAUGAAAAUGCUUUAUUAUUAGGUUAUGCAUUACUUUGGUUAUUUACACCACCAUCAAUUAUCAAGAUUUUACCAUUUAAUCUUUAUUCAUAUUUAAAUUUAACAACUUUUAUCACAACUGAGAUCUUACCAAAUACAAAAUUUAGUGAAGUUUUCACGCCAUGUCUUGAAUAUAUUGAACAGCCGGUAUUGAUUUUUGCAAGUCAUUUAGAUGUAUUGAUUUAUGUCAUUGUUUUGAGGGAUAGUCUUAGCUCUAAAGAUGCUUAUGCUUUAUUUAUCUUUGGAUUUAUAUGGAUAUUAAGAUUUGAAUCAUUAAAAGCUAGUCGCUCUUCAGUUAGGAGUAUUUUGAACUCUUUUGAUUAUUUAUUAAGCUUUGAACCUGUGUAUCUAUACAAAAUAUGGAAAAGAUUAAGAUUGAUAGUGGAAUGCUUUGUUCAAUUAAAAGAUGAAGAGUCAUUAGACCACCAAUCAAAUGAUAAUGAUGAAGAUGCUGCAAGCUCUAGAUCUGAGGAUACUGAAGUUGAAGUCCCUGAUACAUUACAAGUACAGGCGCCUAGUGCUCAAAAGAAGGAAAAUUGA